UUGAUCGCCGUCAAGCAAGUCAGUUUGAGUUGGAGGAAGCUGCAAGAUAUUACCAUGAGGAUUGGUCAAGAGCGGAGCCUGAGCCUCCGCGAGAGCCAUUGAGAAGAGUGGAGCAUCAUGGAUCUGCUAGCUAUCGUCGAGACAGACAUCAAGAUGCGGAGCUUAGUGAUUCCGAGGCCAGUUGUGAGUACAGAACUGGUAAGUGAAGCGCAACCUCCAGCAGCGCUUUGCGGAUGAACACUAACCUCCUAUCAGGUCGCGGCAAUGUUCCACGAGCACCUACGCCCCCUUCUGCAAUCUAUCAUACAAACAAUGCAGAGAACUGGCAAGACCGACAACAGCCGCCAUACCCAUUGAGUUCCGACUCGGAAGUCCCACAGCGCUUGAACAGCUUGCAAAGGGGGAAAGGACACGAACCACCGCACAACAUGGCACGGGGUCACGAACGAAGCAGAAGCACAUCUCGAGCUCGGCCAGCAUAUGUACAAGAAGCCACAGGCGGCGUAACAGAGAGAGCUUCACCUUCUAAAGCUCUGAUCCCAUCCCCGCGACGAUCAAGAGAGCUAGAGCGCGAAGCAGAGAGGUAUGUAGAAGUCACAACAUCUAAAUUGGCGGAGAGAGAGAGGAUUGCGGAGAGCGAGGCGAGACAUGUGACAUUCAGGGAGACGCCGACUAUGUUGUCGAUGCAGAAUAGUUGGACGGAGACUUCGGAGCUUGGGCCGGUGCAUCCUGAGACGACGGGGAGUGGGUGGUGUCAUGGUGCUGAGAGUAGAGAGGAUAGAGGGUGGAACCAUGGAUUUGAGAGUGCUGAGGCAAGCGGGUGGAAUCAUUGAACAUGAUGUUCGACCAUUUACCGGCAGAUAGAGAUAGGAGAGAAAAUUGGUGGGGCUGGACUGGAUCUACCUAUAUAAGGGA